GCCCGCGUGUGCACAGAAGGCAUCUGGACUAGCGACGAGUCAUUAUCCCAUCACGAAGAGCAGUUCACUGUCGUCAUUGUGUCUCACGCCCGCGAAGACAAUCUCAUGCGAAUCGCCCAUCAUUUGCGAAAGAGUAAUCUCAUCCGCGACAUCAUCAUCGCCUGGAACAACCAGGACCAUCCGUGCCCAGCUUCUUUACAGCAUCUAGCGACAUGUGUGCAGCAAGAGUCGAAUUUAGUUCACAAUCGAUUCAGAGUAUGGCAACACGUCGCGACAGAUGCGGUGUUGCAUUACGACGAUGACCUCAUCAUUCCCCUGGCCGAUCUAGAAGCUGGCUUCAGGAUCUGGCGGCGGCAUCGAGACCAGCUGCUCGGCUUCGAACCUCGCGUGAUAGACUGCGCGGAUCCCAAUGAUAUGGAAACAUGUCACUACCGCUUCCAGAUGCGACAAGCUCACUUUGACCUGGUCAUCGGCAAAGCCUUCUUCACGCAUGUGCGAUACAUGGAAGAUUAUAGCUCGAGCAAUGUCCUGAUGGACUUUACGAACAAAACGCCCUGCGAGGAUCUGGCGAUGAAUUUCCUUGCGGGCAGUUUGUCGCACAAGCCGCCGCUAUGGAUGAAAUCCAAUAUCACCGAGAUCACUUCGACCAUGUUCGCCGGACUAUCUCAGGGCAUCAGCUCCACAAUCUGGCGUGAUGCGCGGCACGACUGCAUCAGGCAGCUACACUCAAUCUUCGGAAAGCGUACCGUCUGGCCGCAACGGUCGAAGUUCCAGCGACAUCCUACUCUGCCAGAUCGCAUAUUGAAAUUGCCGAUACCGCCUGGCGACUCCUGGUGUUCCGAUAAGGACGGUGCGCGGUACUGUCGACAACCAUAGAUCUAGAGUUGUCGAUCAUGCAGGAGCUGUUUUGAGGUUCUAGCGUGCUGCUCCCGGAGUCGGAUUUAGCCAAUCGAUCAUUGCAGCCCGAAGAGCAGCCGCGUACAUUCGGCGCGUCACGUCUUUU